GGAAACAUUGAACGCCACUUGCAGCGACCACAACAAUGUGGUUUUAUUUUAUGUCGCACGUUGCUUACCAUCUAACCAGAUGGUUUCCAAAAGAUGAUCGACAAAGAAUACGAAUUACUUUGGUUCUGCUUUCGCUGAUAUUUAUUGUACCACAGGUGUAUGUCCUGAUGUUGGACAAAACAACACGGUAUUGUGAUCAACCCCUCUUGGAGAUAGCUGUCGCCUCUCUAAUUUUUACGUUUGGCAUGAUAGCAUUUACAAUUCUCUUCACAAUGAUGGAACCUGUUCCUUGGCAACUAAAGAUUGCAUUCCAUUUUUUUGGUUUUGCUUCUUUCCUCAUGGGUCUUGUGCAGUUUGGUUCAACAAUGUCCUCUAAUGAUUGUUGGUUCAACACUCCAGAGUUGUAUUCCUUAUCAUUGUCAUUUAGUAUUAUUGCCAUAUUGACCACAGUGUUUUUAUUGAUGAUGUUGCCUUUUUGGUUGAUCAAUUAUUUCUUUCCUCAUUCGGUAUUGAGUCGAAAAGAAAGAAGAGGAAUGUGCUAUGAACCAGUUAAGUGCUGCACAUGCCUCUGGCAUAUAUAGUAAUACAAACCAAAUUCUUCACGUGAUCAAUUGUUUUAUAAAAAAUCCAUCUCAUCACAUGUAAAUAUUGUAUAUUGAGUUGUUCAUAAUGAAUGACAAAUUAUGAUUCCUAAAGUUUGGGUUCUGGUACUUCUGUGAGCCAGUUUUCAGAGCAGUAAUUGUCAAGCGGAUCGUAAUCUAUUUUUUUCAGUUGGAUGUAUUGCGAGCUAGUUUAGCUCGAGCUUCACGUAUUUUUGUAACUUCGUAAUUUUGUUGAAUCUUAUGCUGCGAUAGGAAGUAUACAGUGUUUCUCAAUUGUGUUUGAGCU